UUCACUACCCAAUUUUCGUUGUCCCUUUCUCCUUCUCAAAAGAGCUACAAACCUUCAAUGGCAGAAGAAGCCAACCACAGCAUUGACAGCAACAAUGUCCAAGAGCUUCCAAAAGUGGUUGUUCUUGGUCUUGCAAAAUGCUUCUCAAUCCUUGAACAAAAAUUCUCUAACAAGUUCCAUUUCCUCAACUCCAAAGCCUCAGGUUUUUUCCCACUGCAACAAUUCCUCAUUGAUCACAACCACCAAUCUUCAUCCAUUCAAGCCAUACUCUGCAGCGCCUCCGCUUCCGUCAACGUCGACGUCCUCCGCCUCUUUCCGUCGCUCGGCCUAGUUGUUACCACCAGCGCCGGAACUGAUCACAUAGACUUGAAAGAGUGCCGCCGCCGGGGAAUUCAGGUUGCCGGCGCCGGAGAGUUGUUCUCGGAGGAUGUUGCUGACAUGGCGGUGGCUUUAUUGAUCGACGUAAUGAGGAAAAUUUCUGAAGCGGAUCGGUAUAUGAAAACAUUGAAUCACUCUGGUCCUUGGGAUUUUCCUCUUGGCUCCAAGUUAUCAGGUAAGCGAGUUGGGAUUGUUGGAUUGGGAAGUAUUGGCAUAGAAGUUGCCAAGAGGCUCGAGUGUUUUGGUUGCAUUAUUUUAUAUCACUCUAGGCAUAAAAAAACAGCUGUUUCUUACCCUUUCUAUUCAAGUGUUGUUGAGCUUGCGAAUAGUAGCAACGCACUUGUGGUUUGUUGUGCACUGAAUGAGCAAACAAAACAUAUAAUUAACAGGGAAGUCAUGUCGGCAUUAGGAAAAGGAGGAUUCAUUGUGAAUGUUGGAAGAGGGGGUCUUAUUGAUGAAAAGCAAUUGGUGAAGUGUUUGAUGGAAGGUGAAAUUGGUGGUGCUGGUUUGGAUGUGUUUGAGAAUGAGCCUCAUGUUCCUCAAGAGCUAUUUGCAAUGAAUAAUGUGGUUUUGUCUCCACAUGCAGCUGUUUUUACUGAAGAAUCUCCAAUGAAUUUGUGUAAACUUCUGGGAGAGAAUUUAGAAGCCUUCUUCUCAAAUAAGCCCCUAAUUACUCCAGUGAUGUUGGAUGAAUAAUAACUGAUUCUCUUGAUAGCUUAGUAUCAUGUAAUGCAACUUAUCUUAUCCCUGCAAUGAUUCUUAAAUUGUUAAUGACCAUUGUUCUAUCGUUCUAAAGAUGUGAUGCAAUUUUAUCUUAUCUAAUGACAUGAUUUGUA